UGAGAGAUUUUUAUAUCUAUGUCUAGAAGUAAAGUACAGUGAAUUGGACUUUGUAACCUUUUAGAAAAAUUGUAAAUAGUGUAUUUUUAAGUUAAGCAGUGAAAAACUACAGUACUUUAUUAACAAAAAUGUUUUCUCCAAGCAGCAGGCACUUGCUCUUUUCAACGCAGUUGAGGCGUCUUCAGAGCACCUUGGUAGUGGCAGAGCACAACAAUGAAGUUCUGUCACCGGCCACACAGAACACUUUGAGUGCUGCCAAGAAGAUUGGUGGCGAUGUGGCUGUGCUGGUAGCUGGCACCAAAUGUGGACCCGCAGCCCAAGCAGUAGCUAAAGCAAAUGGUAUUUCCAAAGUGUUGGUAGCUGAAAGUGAUACAUUCAAGGGCCUCACUCCUGAGACUCUGACCCCUCUCAUCUUGGCCACCCAGAAACAAUUCAACUUCACCCACAUUUUGGCCCCAGCCACUGCUUUCGGCAAGGCUGUUCUACCCAGAGUAGCUGCCAAACUUGAUGUCUCACCCAUCACUGAUAUCAUUGGAGUUAAGGAUGCUAACACCUUUAUCAGAACUAUCUAUGCAGGUAAUGCAGUCCUCACAUUGGAAGCUAAGGAUGCUAUCAAGGUGAUCACUGUCCGUAGCACAGCAUUCCCUCCUGAACCCCUGGAAGGUGGCUCUGCAGCUGUAGACAAGGCACCGGAGGGUGACUACAAGACUGACCUCGUACAGUUUGUCUCUCAGGAGCUCGCCAAGUCUGACCGACCUGAACUCACCAGUGCCAAGAACAUUGUUGCUGGUGGUCGUGGUCUGAAGUCAGGCGACAACUUCAAACUGUUGUAUGACCUUGCCGACAAGUUGAACGCCGCCGUAGGUGCCUCCAGAGCAGCCGUAGACGCUGGCUUCGUAGCCAACGACCUGCAAAUCGGUCAGACCGGCAAGAUUGUUGCACCUGAUCUAUACAUCGCUGUAGGCAUCAGUGGUGCUAUCCAGCAUUUGGCUGGUAUGAAGGACUCUAAGACUAUUGUUGCCAUCAACAAGGACCCUGAAGCACCUAUCUUCCAGGUCAGUGACUAUGGUCUGGUAGCCGAUUUGUUCAAGGCGGUUCCUGAGCUCACGGGCAAGCUGUAAACCAUUAAGAUAUAAAGAAAGAAUGAAGUAUAUAGUCCAACCAUUUUAGAUAAACUUUUUAUUAUUCUUGUAUACAGAACUUUACACUCCUCCGAGAUUUGUAAACAUUUUAUUGUUGAUCAGUAAUUUAUCAUGUGUAAGCCAAUUGUGAAUAAAGAUUGUUACAAUAA